AUGGCAAGGAGAAUCUAUUCGGUCCUGAUUGCACACAGAAUAGGGUUGCUUAUGUAUCUUUUGCUCAAGGGGUUGGUGAUUCUUGUUUAUUCCCUUAUUUAUCACAUGAUGGAGCCUCCGGUGGAGAAUUAUGAGAUUGCUGGGGAGGAGGACGAGAAACAUGAGCAACUAGCGUCUGACGAAGCAAGUAAAUCUUUACUCGUAGAAGUUGAAUGGCCAGGAAUUGAAGACGAAGAAAUCGAAAAUUCAAAGACACCCUUAAUCUAUAGGAUAUUUAAAACCUUAUCUAGUGUUUUUGCAAUCUGCUUUGCCUUAUACCGAGCACACAGUAGAAGGAAGCGGGAACAGUCGCAAUCCUAUUCGGUGUUUGGCAACGCCUAG